UAUCCACUUGACUUGUCUGCAUAUGAAUCUCCUAUGAUCACAAGUUAUCUUCUCUGCCCUCGCAGUAUAAAGAUCCUACUCCCUCCUUAUACUUCCCUUCCAUCUCCGGUGUUGUUGCGAUCACAUUCACUGGCGCUAAGCCAUGAUGGAGAGACAAAUUGUCCACCGGAAGUGCCUCAAGCGAUCCAAAACUAUCGUCAGGAAGAAGAAGAAGCCCAUCAAGGUGGUCUACAUCUCCAACCCCAUGAGGGUGACCACCAGCGCCGCCACGUUCCGCGCCCUCGUGCAGAAGCUCACCGGCCGCGACUCCCUCGUCGCCGACACGAACACGGUGAGCGCUUCUCUAGUACACGAGUCCACCGACGAACCCCCGGUGGCCUCCGCAGCGGCUUCUGAGUCUCCCAGCUCGAUGCUCUCGAGUCUCACCGUGAGCUGCACGGUGGAGGCAUACAAUAGUCUGGUGGCUCCGACUGUGGUGUUCGAUGAGGAGAACUUCUGUGGACUCAUGUCGUCGACGCUGUAUCAUGAGCGUCAACUUGCAGGGCUUGGGAGCUACGAUGAAGUGUGACAAGACUCGAUCUGUGCUUGGGUGUGUUCUGUAACAGGAUGCAGUGUGUUUGUAUGCCUACUUCUUGAUAUUUUCUUUUCAUUUGCAACAAUCAA